CGGCUAUGGAGCUUGUCCUGGCUUCAAAAAAGACUCCCGAUGAUCGAGACGGAUGGAUCAAUCCGACAGGAUGUGUCAGUCCGUUUCUUUGUGAAAUCUGAUGGAUGCCGCAUUUCUGCGAUCUUCACUGGUUGGUGGUGCCACGACAUCUGUAUGAAUUGUUUCAAGAUGGUACUACGUAUGUAUGAACUGUUUCUAAAUGGUGCGAUAGCGGCCUCUACUUACUAUUUUUUGAAGAUUUCAUGAUAUGAUAGGUAUAGGAUGGUUCGAGCGCGAAAAAAUCGACUUUCAAACUGUUUCCGUUUCGAUGUAGCAACGAAAUCUGCAUUUGGAAAUGCGGAGCCAGGGGCGCAGCCGUUUUUCCGUAAUUUUUCUGUGUUAAUGACUUUGUGAACCUGCGCAUACACUUACGUGCAGCUGAAGCUGUCGAUGCAGAGCACCGUGAUCCAAAUUUUCCAAACUUCAAAUAAUCCAAACUUCCGUAUUUUUUGUAUCAUGUAGUCGUGGAUCUCUCAAAAUCUAAAUCACGAAGCAGAUCUGCCGGAAUUCUGUCUGAUCCCCUCACAUGAAAUUGCACGAACGAUGGGAUCUGGUUGUCUCAAAGAUGUCGGCAUUCGCAAUGACCCACAUCGGAAGUAAGAAGAUCCUUCUCAUCUAUUCCUUAUGAGAUUUAUGGUACCGCUGCACUAAGCCUAAAGCGAAACCGAAAUACCUUGCUUGUUGAGCAAAUACGUACCGUCAAAAAAAACCUGCCCAGUGUCGCUCUUUGAUUAAGUUCAUCUUAAGCUCAUCCUAAAACUCUCUUGUGACUUUUCACAAACACCACCCAACAAAAUGGCGCAGCAGGGAACCGUCAAGUUCUUCAACUCCGAAAAGGGCUUCGGUAUAGUUUGUCUUAAUUUCUGGUGAGUAUGCAUCUGUAAUGCGAAUGCCAUUUAUCUUGCAGGAGUAAUUCGCAUAUCAAGAUGACUUAAAGAUAAUACAAAAUAAAUCAGGCUUCAUCACUCCGGACCAGGGUGGCGAGGAUGUCUUCGUGCACUUUUCCGCCAUUGAGGCUCAGGGUUACAAGAGCCUGAACGAAGGUAUGCUUUUUUUGUUGUGUGAGUUUUGCAUAGCACACUUUCAUCUCAAAGGCGUGUCGUGUGAUGACAUAAACUUUUUUGCUUUUGAUAGAUUUGUGCAAUACAAAUCCUAGGUGAGACCGUCAACUUCGACACCGUGUGGGAUGAUCGCAAGCAGAAGUCUUCCGCCGCCAAUGUCACCGGACAUGGCAACGGACAGCCGCGCCAGAAGGGCGGAAAGGGAAAGGGCAAGGGAUUCGGUGGUGACUUCGGCGGAAGCUACUGGUAAACGUGUAGUUUGUUCUCGUCGUGCGGAGAAAGUGUCGUCGUGAUACUCCUUCAUUACCGGGGGAGUACUAAACGACCCCUACUUUGUUUAAGAGGAACUACUCCUUUGACGAAAUGCCGUUAGGUUUUGACAAGCGUAUGUUUAUAGCCGUUGUUGUGUUUUUCAAGUUCAACAGCGCAGUAACUUUACCCUUCGAAAGACUCAACUUUGUUUCAUCAAAAAAAUGCAACGAAUUCUGUCGAUCUAGUACUUGUUCUACUACACUUGUUUUUCACUCUUCUGUAUACGACAUUUAGUUUUUAGUAGUCUUUGACAAGUAAUUUUCAAAUUCACAAAAAAUUAAAAUGGUAAAGGAUACGAUGAAUUAGAAUUACACCAGCACCAUUGCGAUCGAUGUAAGAAUUGGAGGGAUCCAUCCUCCAAGAGCAGCCUUCCUUCGAAGAAAUUGCGUGGGUGGGUAACCCGGAUUUUUUGACCUUUGAACCACUUGCAGCCACCUGAGACGAAUCGAGCACAGGUUUGCCGUCAGAUACAAACUUGUGCGAAUGUUGAAAGUCCGGACAUUUCAUCCAUGCAAGCGAACUCGUAGACGAUCAUUUUGUUUUCGGACAUCCGGAGCCCAUCUGCUCGCGGAAAAAUAGCGUCCCUGCCUCAUGUUCUUGCGUAGGUGUUCGCAUUCUCCGUCUCCCUCUAUCGGGUACGCGUAAAUUCAGAUCCUGGUCAGCGCGGUAGCAGAUCAUAUGGCAGUGCGGCAGCAGGUCUAAUUUCUUGGCGUUGUACUUGCAGAUCAUGUGG